AUGGAGCAAAUGGAGACUGAGCGUGAAAGAGCAACUCCUGACGAGGAAACCAUAGAAAGUAAUUUAGAGAUGUUUUUGAAAAAAUGGGAGUCCCAGUUACCUGUUGCGACAAUGGAAUCUAUCAAAAACUUGAGAAAACAUAUCCGAAAAGGAUGUUGUUCAGCAAUUCCCGCCGGAGCUGGUACACAGAGAAACGAACGACUACAUAAAUCACUCAAGCGAUCUCUUCUGGGUGGUGCAUCAACUGUUUCACCAGAGUUAGCUGUUGCAGUAUUUUCGAUCGUUCUUUACGUCUGGAGCUAUAAAGGGAAGCCAGGGGUAACGAAACACAUGUCAAAUGCUCGCGUGAUACCUUUAGCGCCAAUAGAGCUCUACGGCAAAAAUAUAAAUAACUCAAAGGAGAUUAUGCGGGCAUUCCACUGUAACACAUCAGAAACUGAACUUUCUUCUACUAUGGACCGACAAAGAAAUUUGCCUCUUAAUUACAAAAACUCUACGAUGGUCCAUGUACAGGCUAGCGAAGUAGUUGAAAUUUCGGAAUUAAAAAAUGAUUCAGUGCUGUCUCUCGUGAUCAGUCGCGCCAUACAUUUGAAAGAGGUUUUCUCGUCUAUCGAAAGCAUGUGUAUAACUCCAGACUUCAACAUCUACGAAUUUCCAUUUACCAACAAAAAGAGUCUGAUCUAUGUCAUUGUAAAGGAAAAUGACAAUAUAUAUGAUGAAUACGGAUUAGAAAGUGACAUGAACAUGGAAUGCCUCCAGAGAAAUUUGGCGUCCUUUGGUCUCGAAUUAGAGUCGGUACCAGGAAAUGGUGACUGCUGCUUCAUUAGCAUCGUUAAGGAGGCAAACAAGUUAAUGCUCAGCAACGAUGAAAAUAAUGCUGAAUUUCGGCGACAUUUAGAUCGCAUUGGCUUUCAAGGAUCUUUGAAUGAAGAUACAAAGUUGUUAAGGUCCUUAUUUUGCCAGGAAAUAGAAGAAAAUAUUGAACAAUACAGGAACUUUGUGGAUUUCGAUAUAAAUGAGGAGUUAUCGAAGUUCUCCGUAUCAGGAUGGUUCAACAGUUCCCUUGGAGAUCUUUGCGUUCUGGCGUGUAGUAACCUUUUGCAGACCUCCAUAGUCUUGAUAACAUCUAUUCCGGGCACCCCAUUUAUACCAUUUGUUCCGUCAACAAUUUGCAACAAAAUGGCCAUCUUCAUAGCAUACAACCAUUCUGGGCCUGGACACUACGAUGCUACUCGAGGUGAGGAACAUUAGGGCCAUUUAUACGAGGAAAAAUAAGACGCGUCUUACAUAAGACGCGAACUUUCCGUAUAAACGGCACAUUUCGUCUAAAAUAAGACGCGGCUUAGCUAAGACGCGUCUUAUUNUGGGCCUGGACACUACGAUGCUACUCGAGGUGAGGAACAUUAGGGCCAUUUAUACGAGGAAAAAUAAGACGCGUCUUACAUAAGACGCGAACUUUCCGUAUAAACGGCACAUUUCGUCUAAAAUAAGACGCGGCUUAGCUAAGACGCGUCUUAUUAGAUAAGACAUGCUCGUAUAAAUGGUACAGUUCGCGUCUUAUUUAAGAAGCGUCUUAUUUUUCCUCGUAUAAAUGGCCCUAUUGUGUUUAUCGCUGUAAUGAUAUAGGUUUCUUGAGUGGUAUAAAAUUUACUGAAGAGAUCAUGCGCAAAAAAUGAGAUGAACUACAGUGGAGCCCCGCCUUAUCGCCACCGCGGUCGAUACGGUCACCUCGUUAUUAAGAUCACUUUUUUUGGCCGCCCGGUAAAAACGACUAUUCAUUUUCUUGCAAAGAAAGCCUCGCUAAUACGGUCACCUAGUCAGUACGGCCACUUUUUUGGUCUAUUGGUAUCAACGGAAUUUUUUCGAAAUUUUCUCUGGUCAUCGUGAUAUUGUUGUUUUAAGGAAUAGAGAUACAGACACAGAGGGUGCGGUGAAGGUUCUACAUGGUUUGCAAUCUUCUUUCUUUUGAAUAGAAAAAUUCAAAUUCCUGUAAGCGUCUCACAAUGAGCUCGGGGCAACCCUGACGGCUCCUUGUUUUCCCACACAAAUGACAGUGUGGUAAACGCGUGCACAUCACUUAGUAUUGAGAAAAUUUCGUCUUCAUUCAAGAAAGCACAUAUAGACAAAGUGUAGUACAGUACCCAAAACACCACAUGUUAACUACUGUGAAACUUCGCGGCUGUCUUCAGAAGUACAAUAUAACCGCGAUUAUUAUGUCAACUGUACUACUUAUACCAUUUGUAUACUAAUUGCAUCAUGAUCGGCUAGAGCAGUGAAGAGUUCGCAACUGACACAUGCCCGAUAGCUGGUAUAGAUAAAGAAAAAAAAUAAGGUUCAACAAAAAGAGAGAAAUAGAUGAGUAAAACGUAAAAUAAAAAGCACGUGGUCAGACACGUUAUGACAGCUAAUAUGUCACCUGAAUGAAGGUUUAAUGGAUGUAGCUCACAAAUAUAAAUUUAACCUACAUGUUUGUCUCUUGAAUGUAUGUCCCAAAUAAAUAUGUUUUCAUAUAUUUUUUUAUUAUCAGAGAUGGGGAGCCAAAUCGUGUCAAACAGCCAGAACAAAAGGAAAGGUUGUUGCUGUGGGUUAAUGUCUAAGUCUCGAGGGCUGACAGAUAUUGCAUCCUGCAUGGAAUCUGAAAAAUCAAGGUGCUCCUGCUUAAGGAAUCAGCAAACUUGCACUCGUCUCUGUAGAUGUAUAAAUUGCAAUAAUCAAGGAUUACAGAAAAAGGGAGCAGUCAGCAAGCCUAAAGGUUGUACCUGCGGAUCAUUGAACAAGGAGAAAGCAAGGCGCGUUUCCUGCCAAGAUCACGUUAAGAGAAAGUCGAGAUGUCCUUGUUUACGCGUUGGAGUAAAAUGCGAUAGCGUCUGUAGGUGCACAAACUGUGGAAAUGGCAAGGACUGCCCCGACAAACGUUGCUCCAACACCACACCAUCCAAGCGAAAAAGGACAAAUCCACAAACAUACAAACGAAUGAGAGGGGCUGAUUACUUAGCAAAACAGGGAUUCACUGUAUCUAGUGGUCCUUGGACAAAGCUAGAGAGCAUCUUCCUUUCUGUGGUAACAGAGGUAAUCGACGGUUCUGGCGUUGUCCUGAACUCUAAAAACAUCGCAGAAUUGUAUAAUUUUGUUGUAUCUUCUAAUAAAGUAAAGGAGAUUGGCAUGGCU